AUGAAGAAAUACGCUCUCAUCGGCACCGGCGGCCGCGCCAUGUUCUUCUACACGGCCAUUGUGCGCGACUUUGCCACCACCGCUCAACUGCUCGCCUUUUGCGAUACCAACACCACGCGGAUGGCAUACGCCAACAGUCGGCUGGAGGCACUCGGCCACGCGCCGGUCCCAACCUACCUCGCCAGCGACUUCGACAAGAUGAUCGCAGACACCAAACCGGACGAGAUCAUCGUGACGACCAUCGACCGCACGCACCACCAGUACAUCAUCCGCGCGCUGGAGCUCGGCUGCAACGUCAUCACCGAAAAGCCCAUGACGAUCGACGCGCCCCGCUGCCUGGCCAUCAUCGACGCCGUCAACCGCACACAGCGCCAGGUCCGAGUGACAUUCAACUACCGGUACGCGCCGCAUAACAGCAAGAUCGCGGCUCUGCUGGCCUCCGACGCGAUCGGGCAAGUCCACUCUGUGCACUUUGAGUGGAUGCUCAACACGUCGCAUGGCGCCGACUAUUUCCGGCGGUGGCAUCGCGACAAGCGUAACAGCGGCGGAUUACUGGUGCACAAGUCGACGCAUCACUUCGACCUGGUGAAUUUCUGGCUGCGGACGAGGCCGGAGAGUGUCGUCGCGAUGGGGGAUCUGCGCUUCUACGGGAAGGAGAACGCGGAGCGCCGGGGCGAGACGCGGUUCUAUGCCCGGGCGAGAGGCAGCGAGGUGGCUAGGUCGGACCCGUUUGCGCUCGAUCUGGAAGGAAAUGCGCAGCUGAUGGCGCUGUAUGCGGAUGCGGAGCAUGAGGAUGGGUACUAUCGGGACCAGAGCGUGUUUGGCGAUGGGAUCAGUAUUGAGGAUACGAUGGGGGUGAUGGUGCGGUAUGAGAGUGGCGCGGUCCUGACGUAUAGCCUGACGGCGUAUGCACCCUGGGAGGGGUUCCGGGUGAUGUUCAACGGGAGCAAGGGCCGGCUGGAGGUGGAGGUGGUGGAGCAGUCGUAUGUCAAUUCGGGUGGGGAGCAGGCGAUGGAGGGUGCGUUGGAAAGUAUGACGAUUCUUCUGCGGCCCAUGUUCGGGAAGCCUGUUGAGAUUGAAGUCCCGACGGGUCAGGGGGGGCAUGGUGGGGGAGAUCCUCAGCUGCUGAAGGACUUGUUUGGUAGUGAGGCUAUAGAGGAUCCGCUGAAACGUGCUGCAACGCAUCUCGACGGUGCAUGGUCGAUUGCUACCGGUAUUGCUGCGAAUGAGUCGAUGCGCCGGGGGCAGGUUGUGCGCGUUGAUGAGGUGAUGAAGCUGCCAAUCAUCUAG